GCAACCUGCUGGGCCCAAGGAUUCGCUGAACUAGCGGGGUGCCCGUGGGGUGCCCGGGUGCUCUGUGUGUGUAUAUUACCUGACGAUUCCCCUGUCAACGUUAAUGCUUUGCUGCACUUUGUCGCUCUUCAUCUCAAAAUCUUUGCUCACAAGUCGUCAAGAUGGGGUUCGGUAUUCUUGAGCCAAAGCGACGAAUGGAUCAUGUCCCAGGCACUACAUUCCUGGAUGAUCAUGAUGUUCCCUCCAUCGUGAAUGCUACCCACCUGAAGAAGGGUACGGGAAGGAACUCCCACAUUGUCCUCAUUCCUCAGCCAUCGAAUGACCCCAACGAUCCAUUGAACUGGCCCUUGUGGCAGAGAGAUGGAAUAUUGCUACUAACAUCAAGUUGUACGCUCAUCGUGAUUGGAGGUUUUGGCCCGAUCUUGUCUCCGAUUGCCAUUCCACUGAUUGAGGAAUUCAAGAUCAACUUCACACAAUAUGGACUUUUGAGUGGGUACUGUCUCUGCGCAACCGGUGCUAUCGGUAUUUUUAUCGCCUCAUUUUGCCGCAAAUUCGGUAAACGUCCUGGAUUAAUCUUCUCGAUGGCUUGCGCUUUUGCUGGUUCGCUCUGGGCAGGUGCCGCUAGAUCAUACGGUUCAUUCCUGGGAGCACGGGUUGUACAAGGUUUCGCAUGCUCAUUCUUUGAGUCCGUCAUGUAUGCUAUCAUCGGAGACCUCUACUUUGUGCACGAAAGAGGAUUACGCAUGGCGGUUUUCGUUACCUCGUUAUCCGGAAUUUCCAAUAUCCCAGUCCUGGUGUCUGGAAAGGUGGCCGCGAAUCUGGGUUGGCGCUGGAUCUUCUGGCUCCUUUCCAUCUUUGUUGGAAUCCUUUUUCUACUUUGUCUCUUGUUCGGAUGGGAGACUGCAUACAACCGCAACCCCCUUUACGAGAUUGAUCAAUCUUCGCAGGAUAACCUACAGAUUCUUGAGCAAGUCGAGGCUUCUAAGGCGGAGCAUCAGGAAGUUGAAAACAACGGCAACACCAUGUCCAGAACCCGGACAGGUGACGAUUCGAUCAUGCGCAGAGAGUCGAUCUGGCACAGAAUGCUGCCCUUCCACGGAACUUACAGUGAGACCUCACUACUAAAAUUGCUUAUCCGACCUUUCCUCAUCAUCAUCAACCCCGCCGUCAUCUGGGCUGGCAUCACGCUCGUGUUCCCGGUGCUCUGGGUCGUGGGUAUUUCAGUUGUCCUGGCGGAGAUUCUAGCAGGACCACCCUAUAACCUGGGCACGACGGAUAUUGGCUAUCUUUCCGCAGGACCAGUUGUCGUUGGCAUUCUCGCCAACCUCUUUUGUGGUCUCGUUUCCGAUCCACUUGCAAAGUGGAUGAGCCGACGCAAUGGUGGUAUUUACGAGCCUGAAUUCCGUCUCUUCCUCAUCCUGGGUCUUGCGAUAUUUGCUACCAUCGGCUAUUUCUGCUUUGGCAACCUGAUCACGCAAGGCACCAGUGUGGUCUGUAUCGCGAUAAUCUAUGGCAUAAUCGUUGGCUCAGGCCAGUUUGCCGCAGUCACCGUGGGUGCCUAUAUGGUCGAUGCAUACCGCGAUAUCAGUAUCGAAGUUUUUAUUAUUACGAUGAUCGUCAAGAACUUCAUGUUCUACGGGUUCACCUACUUUGUUAGUGACUGGGUCGUAGCUUGGGGUCCGGCGAAGAUGUUCAACGUCAUCGGAGGUAUUCAACUGGCACUGUGUACUUUGACCAUCCCUCUCUAUUUCUAUGGCAAACGAUUGCGAGCCUGGUGGCAUGCUCACCCAGCAUUUUCCAAGCUCUGAGGAACUAGGUUUGCGAUGUUUGCUGAUGUAGAUUUGGGAAAGGCAAAAGCAUAUCUAAGAAUAGCUGAAGCAGAACAUUGAAUCGGAGGAAACUACAGUCACAGAUCGUCAAGGCAGAUUGUCCCUGAGUGAAAGAGACAGUUUUCGGCAUCGG